CUCAGUGGGCGGGGCACCGGCUCGGCCGUGACGUCACCGGCUCAGCCGGCGGCGUCGAGAAGCGCCGGCGCGCGGACCCGACGCCAGUCACAAGCGCUCCGAGGGCGGUCGAGGGAGGACCCGUGAGAGGUGCUGCUGGCUGCUGCUCGGCUCGGACACUCGGAAGGACUGACACCAUGUCGGGCAUCGUGCAGAGCAUAAUCGAUGGCUACAACCACAUUAUGGUGGACUUGCGAGACCCGCGCAUGGACAGCUACCCGCUGAUGUCGUCGCCGUUCCCCACGCUGGCCAUCUGCCUGACCUACGUGUGGACGGUGGCAUGGUUCGGUCCGCGCUGGAUGAAGGACAGGCAGCCCUACAACGUGCAGAAGCUGCUGAUCGUCUACAACUUCGUCCAGGUCCUCUUCUCCAUCUACCUCUUCUACAGGCUUCUGGUGUCCGGAUGGCUGCUCGAGUACAGCUACCUCUGCCAGCCGGUGGACUACUCCAACGACCCCAAGGCACUUUACAUGGUGACCUCGUGUUGGCUGUACUAUUUCUCAAAGUUCUGUGAAUUCCCCGAUACGUUCUUCUUCAUCCUAAGGAAGAAGUUCAACCACGUGUCUGUCCUUCACGUCGUCCAUCACGGCAUCAUGCCCUUCUCCGUGUGGUGGGGCGCCAAGUUCAUCCCAGGUGGCCACAGCACCUUCUUCGGCCUCGCCAACACCUUCGUCCACAUCUUCAUGUACGCCUACUACAUGGUGGCUGCCAUGGGACCCAAGUACAAGCGCUUCAUCACCUGGAAGAAGCACAUGACCACCAUGCAGAUGGUCCAGUUCGUGGCCAUCAUGGCGCACUCGUUCCAGCUGGUCUUCCGCGAGUGUGACUACCCGACCAUCGCCUUCUGGUACAUCGGUGCCCACGGACUGCUCUUCUUCUUCCUCUUCCUCGGCUUCUACCGGCGCGAGUACUAUGGAAAGAAGCCCAAGAAGGACGAUGAUGCUGUGGCCGUCUCUAACGGCGUCUCUGCCAACGGCCACGCCAACGGCAACGGCGUGGCGCACCUGACCAACGGCGUCAACGGACACGCCAAGCACGGCUACGCCAACGGCCACUCGAACGGCAUCGCCAACGGCAUCUCCAACGGCCUGCAGAACGGCGACGGCGUCCACCUCCGCUCCAACGGCGUCAAGGGCCACUGAUGUGCCGGCCCCAGUAGGGAGAGGAAGUGUGGCCGCCGGUCAGCCGACCCGGCGGCCGGCCGGACUGCCGCAGUCAGCGGUGGCCGGCGGUUCAAGCUGGCGCCUCUGGUUGUCUUGGGGAGCUGGCACGCUGCGAAGUGGCCGGCCGGAGCGCCCUGGAUGGCCUGACGUUGAACUGUUGUGUCGUUUUGUGUGUUGUUGACGCUGACGCUCAAGCACAGUGGCUGAUAUGCGAGUGUGUGUGAUCAGACUGACGUGUGAUGAUGUGUGUUUAUUCGAUGUUCUGCGUGUGAGAGUGUGUUCGAUGUUGCGUGCGCGCGCCGGAAGUGUUGGCCCGCGUUCCUGUGUACCUGUGCUUUAGUGCCUGUGAGGGAGGCGUUGUUCACUGGCCGCACGCAGCAGCCGGUGACAGUCGCUGUCCCCCACGGUCGCGCGUUGCAAGCCGAGGUCGAACCUCUCUGUGCCUGAGGGCGAGACCGCCGGCGACUCCGGCGCCGUCCGCUUCCGCUGUCGCUGCGAUCGUGUGUUUUUUCUUUGUUAAGUACUGUGUGUCGACGUGUUGCAUACUCGCUCUUAACUGCGACAGAGCUGACGUUUUGUAGAGCCGAACCAUUCCGCGCGCGAUCAUUCCGCCACACCCAUUCCGCGCCGUGUCGCCACGGCGCCCCAUCCAGCUGACACUGCCCCGUGGGCACCUGGGCGCCGCCACCAUGAUCAAAGGGCGCCGCGCCCGCCGCUCACCACUCCUGUGUUCGUCCGCUGGUCCGGUGACGUCACACGCCCGGUCCGGUGUGACGUCAUACCUCGGCCGCGGCUGCUGCCGGCGGCGGUUCAGAGUGCCUUCUUACCCCCGGCGCAGGCCGCGUGGUUUCGAACGCCGGAAAUAUAGCCAGUGGAUGAGA